GUCUUUUUAUUAAGUUUGAAAAAAAUGAGUGGAUUAAUUUAUUAUAAUCAUAAUUUAUUCAUUUCUCUAUUUUAGUUUAAGUUCCAAUCUAGUUCUAUUGUAGGAUAAUUUUAAACAAAAUGGCUGGCAUAGGAAGAACACUCAAUAAAGCAAAUCUCAACAAAGUGCCGUUUUUUCAAGUUUCAGCAAGAUGUUUUGGAUGUUCAAUUCACAUAGCAGCUGCGGCAAAAUCAAAGAAAACAUUGUCACAAAGUGGGAAACCAAAUAUUGUAUUAGUUGAAGGAGUUCGAACACCUUUUUUAAUGUCAGGAACUCAAUAUAAAAAUCUCAUGCCUCAUGACCUUGCAAGGGAAGCGAUGCUCGGAUUGCUGAAAAGAACUGGAAUUUCUACGACUGAUGUUGAUUACAUUACAGUAGGAACAGUAAUUCAGGAAGCAAAAACUCCUAAUAUAGCAAGAGAAGCAGCUCUUGGUGCAGGAUUCUCUAACAAAAUUCCAGCACAUACUGUAUCACAAGCUUGCAUUUCAUCCAAUCAAGCUAUAACAACAGCGAUUGGCCUUAUUGCUAGCGGUCAAUGUCAAGCGGUCGUUGCUGGUGGAGUCGACUUUAUGUCUGAUGUUCCGAUAAGAUUCAACAGAACAAUGAGAUCCCUGAUGCUAAAUCUUAACAAGGCAAAAACGACUGGACAAAGACUGGGUCUGGCAGGAAAAGUACUCAUGAGCCCCGUGAAAUAUUUCUCUCCAGAGCUACCAGCCAUUGCAGAAUUUUCAACUGACGAAGUAAUGGGACACUCUGCAGAUCGACUUGCUGCAGCAUUCGGCAUCACAAGACAAGCUCAGGAUGAGUUUGCCUACAGAUCACAUUCUUUAGCACAAAAAGCAACAGAACAAGGAAACUUACAAGAUGUUUUGGAAUACAAAGUGCCAGGUGUAAUGGAACCUGUCAAAGCUGAUAAUGGAAUUCGUCCAACACCUCUAGAAAAAAUGGCAAAGUUGAGGGCAGCUUUCAUCAGACCUCAUGGCACCAUAACGGCAGCCAAUUCAUCGUUUUUGAGUGACGGUGGAAGCGCUUGCCUCAUAAUGGAAGAAAGCAAGGCGAAAGCGAUGGGUCUGAAACCUAAAGCAUAUUUGAGGGAAUUUACUUACGUUUCUCAAGAUCCCAAAGAUCAGCUUCUUCUCGGACCAGCAUAUGCAACUCCUAUUGUUCUUGAAAAAGCUGGACUAAAAAUGUCCGACAUUGAUGUUUUUGAAUAUCAUGAAGCUUUUGCUGGACAAAUCCUUGCAAAUUUUGCAGCCAUGGAGUCUGAAUAUUUUGCAAAAAAUCACAUGAACAGACAGACUAAGGUUGGUGCACCACCUAUGGAAAAACUGAACUUGUGGGGAGGAUCCCUUUCUAUUGGUCAUCCAUUUGGUGCAACGGGAUGCCGUCUUGCAACAACGUGUGCCAACAGAUUAAAAUCUGAAGAUAAACAAUUUGCAUUAUUAGCAGCAUGUGCAGCCGGAGGAUUGGGACACUCAAUGAUUAUUGAAAGACAUCCGGACUACUGAUUUCGAACUUCAAUGAUUAUUAUCGCGCACUUGUUGUAAAUUAACCCCAUAAUAUUGUUAAGAUAGUCCAGGCAAUGUUGAAAUAGAUUCUUUUUAUGCUUGGACAAAUCUGAUUUCAUUGUAAUAAGGUAAUCGGGCUUGAAGACCAGAUGAAGUUGUAAACAUAUGUUAAAGAAUGAAUUUUAGUGAUUGGAAUGUUUCUAUAUGAUCCGAUGUUUGUUUUCUUAUGUUCCAAAAAUUAAGUAAAUUUUCCUGAAUAUCUA